AUGGAGGUUCUCUCUCCUCGAUCUGCGAAUCUUCCCAUGCAGCCGCCCAAAGCUACCAAAAAGUCCAAAUCUGGCUCAAAGCCCAGCUCGGAAGGAAAACCCACCAAUCCAGAUCGCAUCGAUGACAAAUGGCGACCUCCCUCUACGAUCACCGAGCCCGGUCCGUCGCCGGAGACGUAUGUCAUGGGCAAGAAGUUAGGUAAAGGAGGAUUUGCCGUUUGCUUUGAGGGAAAGAUAAAGAGGACUUCGGAAGUAUUUGCACUAAAAGUGGUCAAGGCCAAGGUAGAGCAGAAGAAGAUGAUGGAGAAAUUUCGAACGGAACUUCAAAUACACGCGAAAAUGCAUCAUCCCCACAUUGUCGAAUUUUUACGGGCGUUCACCAUCGAUGAACAUACUUAUGUCGUUCUCCAGAUGUGUCCCAAUGGAAGUUUAACAGAAAUGGUCAAGGCUCGCUCCUGUCUCAGUCUGCCGGAGGUUCGACGCUUUAUGAUUCAAAUCUGUGGAGGGGUCAAAUAUAUGCAUCGACGGUCGGUGAUUCAUCGGGACCUGAAGAUGGGAAACAUCUUUCUGGAUGCCAAACUGAACGUCAAAAUUGGAGAUUUCGGGUUGGCGGCAGUCAUGGCCGAUGAACAAGAUCGAAGAACCACCUUGUGUGGCACUCCGAAUUACAUUGCGCCGGAAAUCCUGAGCAAAUCUGGCAACCGUGGUCAUGACAAUAAAGUCGACACGUGGGCGAUUGGAGUGAUAUGCUACGCCAUGCUCAUGGGAACCCCUCCAUUCCAAUCGAAAACCCAACAAGAAAUUUAUACCAAACUGAGGACGCUCGAAUACGAAUGGAAGAUGGACAGCAAAAAUUAUAUUCCUCAGCAGGCCAAGGACUUGGUGGCGUCAUGUCUCAAUCUGAACUCCGCCGAAAGACCGGAGAUGGACGAGCUGGUGGAACAUGGAUUCUUCACCAUGGGUGUGGUUGCGGAUGAGCUAGAUGCGUCAUGUCUAAGAGGAAGUCCAACCUGGCUUGAGCAGGCGGAUCCCCGUGGAGACAAGGUGAGAUCCGGCUACGGCGUCACCCAUGGCCGAAUCUGUCGAGAAUGUGGUGUUGGCACCGGUUCUGACGGGCGCCCUCGUCCUGGAGUGGGUGUGGGAGCGAAUAUUUCGGCGUUGGUGGAAAUUGAAGCCGAGAAUAGAGAAGGGUGUGCUCCAGCCAUUCCCCUGCCAGCCGGAAUAGUGUAUAAACAAUUCUCGGAUGCUCAUCUGGAAUGGGCGGCACGUCAGAAACAUCCUCUCUUGCCAUCACGAGUCCGGCAUCGCAAGCCAACUACAGAGAUGGCGGAGGGACCGGCGACAUCGAAUAAUCCCACAAAGGCAGAGCUCGAAUUAUUACCUGUCGGAGCUCCAAAGGCACCUUCAGUACCAUCCAUAUCCAUGUCCCGGCCGUUUCAAAGCUUUGCUGCCCAACAACGACAACAAGCACUCCCGGCCGGCGUGAUGCGACGAGCAGAAAAGGUCCACGACGAGAUCCCCCAGCCGAAAGAACCGGACGCCACGGAACCUCCGUGUCAAGCACUUUUGAGGGAGCGACCGGUCAGAGCAGCCACCAUUCGCGCCACGAGAAGCACUACUUUGCGGGGAUCGGUCGCUCCAAUAUCAAAGACUCUCCCGAGGUCCACCACGGCACCAGAGGAAAUGGAUGGGCGUGCGAAACUAGGCGAAGCAAAUGGGGAACAGACACAGGCCCGCCGAGUUCCAAGCAGGACCAUCAAAGCCAGUGAUGGUGAGAAAUCGGUCAGAAAGAAUACCCGAUCAGUGAUGGUGGCGGAAAACGCCACCAUUCGACCAACUUCAUCGUGUUCCGUCUCUUCAGGGCCUUCCGGAGAGUUGCCCUCUCGAGUAUUACAGCCAACCACUGGCAAUGACAGACGAACAGCAGUGGACGCCGCGGAAAAGCACCAGGAACCGGUCAACCCGGUCCAACCGACACAGAGGCGACGAGGAGCAUCAAAGGCUAACCCCAAUCCACAGACUUCGUUGCCAAAACAUCAAUCAAGGAUUAUUGGGCCGACAGAUCGUUUCAUGACAGUCCCCCACUCAUCGAGCGCAGAUGUCCUCCAGUCGCUGCACGCAAUGCACCAAGCUUUGGAUGCUCGAGCAUUUGACGAGCGAGCCAAACGCCCGAGAUCAGCUUCCGGUACGCGUGACGCGCGCUCCAGAUCGAUUUAUCCCAGAGUGGAUAAAUGGGUGGACUAUUCGACUCGUCACGGGAUAGCAUAUAUUCUCACGGAUUCCACGGUCGGUAUGAUUCUCAAAUCUUCAGAAGACAAUUCAAUGCCCAGCAGCUGUGUUGUGGUUCGAAAUGGCAGCACCCAUACCAUAAGGCGGGCCAAAGGACUGGAAUAUCAAUUCGUCCCCCAAGGUCCAGAGGCUCCGGCGGUGGAAUUCUAUGAGCAAAAUGAUUAUGAGACGGACAUGAAGCGUCUGGACAUUCCCGCCCAGAAAUUUUGGCUCGACCUGGACAACUAUCCCAGUCAAGUCGCAGCGGCCCAUGCCAUCCAGGCGGGUUUGGAGGGCAGUGAAGCCGAACGAAUGAAAGAGGUUGCUCUCUUGGACAAAUUCGGCAAGUACAUGAACAAACAGACCAAUUCCGACUGGAUGGAUCGAAAAGACCGCGAGAAAAGCCGAUCUUUUGUCCAUUUCUAUCAACGAGUCGGAAAUGUGGGGGUCUGGAGAUUUGCGGAUGGGGGUCUGCAAUUCAAUUUUCCCGAUCAUACGAAGCUGGCGCUUCACCGGGAGGAAUCUGAAGACGGCGCUCGCCAUUACCAGGUCGAUUCGGUUUGUCUUAUGCCCACGGACGCUCUCAGUCUGGCACGGAAUGGAAUCGCGAGUGGGGAAGCCAUGGAACGAAGAAGCGUGCUCAGUGCUCCAUUGGAAGAUAUCAUGACCGAUAUGUUGCGACGCUCGGACAUGGAGAUUGUGCGCACGAAUGAAGUCAAGGAGAAGCUCUGCUGGAUUCGAGCCGUGAUCGGAUGUUGGAUCAAAGAAGGUGGAUUGGGGAAGAUGGGAGAGGACAAAUUGGGAUGGAGUGGAUUGCAAGAAAGAAGGGACGACAAAAGAAUCAAAUUGCAAUGGGUGACGGUUGGAAGAUUUGGUGGUGAUGGCGACGGAGCCAGUAAAGGAGAUAUGAAGCAUUCUUAA